AUGCUAAACGUUUGUUCACUUGUAGCUUCUUUUAUUGAAAAAUUAACUCUUGCGUAUGUUACUUAUAUAACUAUUAUUUCAAUAUUCAAUUUCUUUAUUGAUUUUGAAGACGAUCCUAGUCCUUUGAACGAUAGCUGA